UAUUUUGAACUGCAUUGAAUAUAUAAAGAUAACACAUUAAGCUGCUUCAGUCGAUUUGCAUAAAGUCAAAAACACGUGAAUAUCUUCUAUUGAAACGUAAAAUACGAACUCUAUCUGUAGAUGUCAGUGAUUUUAAACCGCUCAUGUGAUGUUUUGGAGUUUUAAAAAGCCUUUUGAAUGUAAUGAAUAACAAAAUUGGAAAGUGUCCAUAUGUGUUCAUAUCGCAGCAAAAUAACUUUCUCAUAUGAAUUAAGACACUUGAAAUUUAGGUUUUACAUGUGGAACUGAUACUAAAUUCAUUAUAGAAUUAUAAUUAAUUAACUAUGAGUUCAAUUAAUAGUACAAUAAAACUUAUGUUGCUCUUUCUAACACUUUCAGAACCUACAGUUUAUGUAGAUGCAAGUGGUGACUGUGGGCAGAGUUUCAGACCAGCUACCGAAACUCCGCAAAAUUUGACAUCUCCUAAUUUCCCAGAGGCGUAUCCAAGAAAUAUAAUAUGCACUUGGUGGAUCUCCUCUCUAUAUUUGUAUAGUGAUAUACACAUCGAGUUCAAACACCUUGACCUGGAGGACAGCAAUAACUGUGAAAACGACAACCUCACAAUGUACCAAUAUUAUAAUGGUAUCGAACAGAUUGUUCAGGUGUGUGGAAACGAAACAAUGCACGAGAAACUUGUGCUAGGAAGAGAUGUCAAAAUAGUACUCAAGACUAACAACAACACUGAAGGAUCAGGCUUCGUUCUCCAGUACUAUAUGGUUGAUGACGACAGUAGUGAAAGAGAUGACUACCACCCAAAUGGUUAUACAGAUCAUUGGGGUACUGCAGUGCUUGUCGUGUUUGUCUUGACCCUGGUUACAUUGAUAGCCUCAAUAGCUGUUGCAUGCUACUGCCAACGAAAGCAGUCCCGCGCGCGGAAAAAUUCUUGUGUACAGGAAGUGCAUUUCUCUGGGUUUGUGGCUGCUGAUGAUGAUCUAAACAAAACACAUAUUUAAACAUUUCAUACUUUUAAUUACCUUAGUGCUGUAGCUUCAGUUCUACUGUUGACAUUGAGAUUAUUUAAACAAAGAGCGCUGUUAGACAAAAGGAUAUUUGCUGUAAAAAGGUCGCUCUAUAAUUGCGGAACAUACAACCUAUGCAUGGCAAUUAUUACUGAUGAAAUAUCCCCUACCGACCUUGGUCAAAUUUCCCCAUGCCCAUGUGUUUCAUACAGUUCGGUUUAAACAGAAUUUAUUGUUACAAUAUUACAAGUACCAACAAAGAGGACCAAGUAGGAAGCUAACUGAGCCGUGCC